GUGUGUGUAGGUGUGUGUGUGUGGGUGGUUAUGAUGUUUGUCUAGACUCUGACCCCAGCGGCUGCAGUCAGUCCGCUGCUUUGCUGCUUUCUGUUGAAGCGACUCUGCAGUUUUUCAGCCUCAGUCCUGCAGUGAAGUCAUGGGGAACCAAGCGUGUAACCCGUCUCCAAACACCGUCGACUGCCUGUACGACGCCGCCAGCCACGCCGGCCUGCUCCCCGACUUGUCGCUGGACGCCUCCCUGGCCUCCCUGCUGUCCCUGAACUCGUCCCGGGUGGUGGAGCAGCAGUACGCCGCCCUGCAGAGCCGCCUGGCGCCGCAGCAGAGGGCCGCCUUCAACCGAGACCUGCACACCGCCUUCGGGGGAAACGCCAUGGUCAGUUACGGGGGCGUCGGGGUGGUCGCCCUGGCCGUCUCCGUGCUGUUCGAGGUGCUGGCCCACCACCAGACCACCACGUCGGGCCACAGGGGCCUCGAGCGCCCCCCCACACCUCCAGACCCCAUCGCCAGGAUGUUCGGGCCCAACGGGAGGUCAGAGGUCGGCUCCAUCGCCAGCGAGUUCCUCAAACAGGUUCCUGGUGCCGCCAACGACCGGGACCAGAUGGUGGCGCUGCUGGAGAGCUACGAGGCGAAGCUGCGGUUCGAGCUGAUGGAUUUGUACGAGAGCAUGGUGUUUCUGGAGCGAGGAGCCCUCAGCUCCGCCGGGGUGAAGCAGUGGGUGAACGGAGCUGCUCUCCACCUGCACAUCUUCCUCCACUGGAAGCGUCUGACCGACCCGGCAGCUGCAGAGAGCUUCAGUCUGGACUACCUGCGCGGCGUGGACCCGCUGGUGAAGACCUACAGCGAGUACCUGCACAGGACGGUGAGGGAGACUCCGGCCUCGGGCCCCGGCCUCAGCGGGCUGCUGGUGGUGGAGCCUCUGCGGAACGUCAGCCACGAGGUUCGGCAUCGAGCCUGCGAGUCUGCGGCCAUCCAGCGGGCUCUGGUGGAGCGUUUCCUGUCGGACCAGGACCCGCAGAGGGGAAAGGACUUCUUCCAGAGCUCCCAGGACCGCCACGACGCUCUGAUGGCCCAGAGAGGAGACCUGCGGCUGAGCAUCGCCUCACACUGACCGGCCUCUCAAACUUUUUU